CAGUAUUUAUAAUAUUUAAAAUUUAAAUAAUUGUGAAAAAUCAUUUUUAAAUAGUGAUUUGGCAUUAAAAAAUAGUUUAAAUCAAUUAUCCAAAAUGUCAUUAGUUAUAAACUGGAAGACUAUAAUUAGUAAUACAAAUAAUUUUUGUAGAAAAUCAAAUGUGAUAACGAUGCAAAUAAAAAAAUUCAGUAGAUCGAAGAUAAAAUUAUCAUCUGAUGAAUUAAAAACUGAUACUCAAUCAAAAGGAAUACGAGCAGCAAUUUUGAAAAAGUUUUCUGAACCAUUAGUGAUUGAAAAUAUAAAACCUUUACAAAUAUCGGAUCCUCAUGAAGUAUUGAUUGAUGUACAUUAUUGUUCAUUAAAUGGACCAGAUGUCCUUUUGACAAAGAAUGCUUAUUCAGUCGAACCAACGUUGCCAAAGAUUUUGGGUUAUGAAAUAGCUGGAAAGCUUUUACAGGUAGGUGAUGAAGCAAAAGCGAAAGGAUUUAAGGUUGGAGAUAAAGUGAUUGCAUUGAAUAAGAAUAAAUUUGGCGGGCUAGCAGAACAAUGUGUAGUAGAAAUGAACGAUGUUUGGAAGAUGUCAUCUUCAGUAAAAAUGUUGGAUUCAGUAUGCCUACUGGAAGAUUAUCUAACAGCUCUCAUCGGUCUUGAAAAAAAAGCUAAUUUAGAUGAAGAUGAAAUGGUGUUAAUUAACGUUGGUCUAGGAGGAAUUGGCUUAGCAGCUGUUGAUAUUGCAAAAAAUGUCUUUAGAGCACAGGUUAUUGGAGUGAGCAAAUCGGAAAAUAGAACAGCACUAGUUCGUGAUAAAGGUGCAUUUGCUUCUAUCAAAUACAAUGACAAACAAUUAAUGAAUAAAAUUAAAGAAUUUGCUGAUGAAAGAGGGAUCAAGGAUGUUUUUGAUGGGGAGGAGGGUGACAAAUUUAAAAAAAUGUUAGAAUGUUUUACCAGUCUUUAUAAAGAAGAGAAUCAAAAUAAUCUUUUACGCGAUAAUAAUUUUGCAGUAUUAGUUGAGCAUUUAUCACGAGAAGGACGUCUGAUUGUUGCUGGAUUCGCUAUGACUGAAACAGAUUAUCCAGCAGACAAAUCACAAAAAUGCCCGUUCUCUAUUACUGGCAUCGAUUUAUCGCAAUAUAAAUCUCAAAAUCUGGCAACUUAUCGUGAAGCAGGCAAUGAGAUUUUGCAAUAUCAAGAAGAGGGUCUAAUAAAACCAUCAUAUUCUCUUGUCGCAGGUCUUUAUAAAAUAAACGAAGCAGUUAAAUUUAUCGCUGAUUUUAAAUCUACAGAAAAGGUUGUUAUUGAUCUGAAAAAUCCAGAGGCUGAAAUGAAGUUCAAAGAAAAAUAAAAUAUAUUUGAUAAUUAUUUUGUACUUAUCAAUUGUAACAGGUAAACUGUUAGUU